AAAUCAAUUAAUUUGGAUAUUUAUUUGCAAAAAAGAAAGUACUUCCAUGCGGUUUAGACCUUUGCUACGGACGAUUCGGUGCUUCAUGUGAAAGUCUGCGCUGUCAAAAUAAAAGUUUAAGCGCCUUUAACUCGGAUUGAUCGUGAACGUUUAAAUUUUCAAUCUUCACCUCUUUAACUAUAAACUCACAAACGCAAGCAUUGAUGUAUUACCGCAGUAUUACUUUUGUGUUUUAAAAAUGUAUUUUUUUAAGCAAUUGUUUGAAUUACGGGCGACAUUGGCUGUCCCUAAACGCAUCACCGGGAUAACAAGCCAAUCCGCGUGGAGCACAGAUCUGACAAGGGUUUGGAUUAGUGUCAUUCGUUGUAGUUCUACGUGCCGUCGGUCACUGUGUUGUGGAGAUCUUCCAAUCACGUAACGCGUAGCUCCACAGGAGGCGGAGCUAACGUUGUUGAUUGAACGCUGAUGGCCUCAGGUUUUCACGCCUCAAAGGUUUUUUUUUUUAUGUGGGACUGUACGCCGAUGCAAAGUUUGCUGGUGAUAACGAGGUUUCUUAUGAAGCGGACGCGGCUUGGAUUGUAAGUUGUCACAUGGCUCGUGCGCAGAGCCAGCUGUGCCCCAGCACCGGACUGGAGAAGCACAGCUGACCUACAUGGAUGAUCCGGGUUGACCACAAACGCCUCCAGCUUUUAGUUUGUGACAUUGAGCAGCUAUGUCCGUUUCUACGGUUUUGGCAAAAGCGUUGUUUGACAACACCUCGGAGAGCCCUGAGGAGCUCGCAUUCCGGAAAGGCGACAUCCUGAUGGUGCUAGAACAGGAGCAAAGCGGUGGGCCCGGGUGGUGGCUCUGUUCCCUUCAUGGCAAACAGGGCAUUGCCCCAGCCAACCGCCUCCGUCUCCUCCAGACUACCCUACCCCCAGGCUCAGAAUGCCGUGGUGGCUCCGGUGAGGACUCCGUCUACCUGUCUCCUGGCCCUCCGCUGGCCCGGAUGGCCGGCAGUGGCAGCGCAGAGGACGUAGAUGGAGUGUAUCGCUCUCCACUCUGUGCAGGUGAAGGGCGAGGAACUGGACCUGCCUCAAGACCUGGGGAGCUCUGCAGAGUUGAUGGAGGGCGACCCCGAUCUCACUCUAGCUCUGGUACACGACCCCGACCUGACUGGGAUAUAGGGGGGCCCGGCCGACCGCGAUCCCCUUCUCUCAGAGGGCGUGGCUCAGAAACAGCUGGGACAUUUUAUCAGACUCCAGCGGUUCAACAUUUGAGGCAGACAGGAACUCCUCUGUCCUCAGAGUCUCUGUACCUUUCCCCCAGUGGAGUUCCAAGAUCAGCUGAGGAACUAGAGGACGCCACCUAUCUAGUUCCAAGAGAACAGUUGGAUGACUGUUAUUUAGUGCCCAAAGGUAUGCCACUCGCAAGCGAGACUGUUUACCAAGUCCCCGCAGGAGCUGUCUGCUCCAACGGCCCCGCUACAGUGACCGGAACACCUGGUGCCUCCCAGCCAAAAGUUAGCCACAAAAUGCCCACUGCUGUGGGUGCAAGCCUUCAGAGGACUUCCACUGCAGUGUUGCCUUUGCAGGCUCAGGUGUCUCCCAGAGAGCUGCUCAAAGCAGUUUCUGCUAACGCCGCCUGCAGGGGCAAACCUGGAGCAGCCAGUCAUUGGGGGUCACCUUUAUUGGGUCGGGCAGUGCAGGUCAGGGUUCCCGGGUCACCAAAUUUUGGCCGCAAACCUCCUCCUCCAGCACCUCCAGUGAGGGGAGUCACAAGGAAGGAUGCACAGCAAGUCUCUACGUCCUUAGUGGAUACUCAGUCGGUUUCCAAAUCUGCCAGUCAGCCUUCGUCUGCGUGUGUGCAGCACGGAGUCGACCAAAAAAGAGGAACUCCUCAGGUUAAGGAGGACAGAGUCCACAGUGUCCUGGAGAACAGCAAUGGUGUGGAGCAGAGAAAAGGAGAACACCAGCAGGAUCAGAGUAAUCCUGGUGAUCAGGUUUAUGACACGCCUCCUAGUGGCAGGUGGCAUUGUUCAGUCCCGUGUGCAGUCACUGAAGAUAAUGGCAUCUACGACACGCCUCGUAGUGUCCCGCCGCAAGCUUACCCCGAGAUAGAGGUCUAUGACGUGCCCACUGUGGCUGUAAAUGUGUCCAUGUCAGAUGUACAGCACACCGGUCCCGCGUCUGUGGCUGACGAGGUUGAUGAGGACGUCUACAGCGUCCCCACUCUUCCAGGUCUCCCUCUGGGUCCAGGUGAGUCCACCACAAACCUCUGUGGAGAUGAUGUCAGUGAUGUAGGACAGCCUGUGCCCAGUUCUGAGAAACGAGUCGGCACUGGAGAUCGUCACAGAGACUCUUCUGAGCCCGACUGUGGGAUCUACGACAUGCCUGCUCUGACCGCUGAAGUUCUGCCACACUCCUCCUCCUCGUCCUCCUCCACCUCCACUCGCCGUCUCUCAGUUUCCAGUAAUGGCUCCAGCGAUGUGCAUUGGAGAGCCACGCUUUCCAGCCUUGUCCAGUCUGUGUUGAGCACAGCGUCUUGCUCGGCCUCCACGCUGUCAUCGCGAGACCUCGCCACCUCCUUGGCUGAAAUCUUGUCCACAUGGAAAGCUAAUCAUUCUGGUGAUCCUCUACCACCACUUCAGCAGACAUGGGCCCGUCUGUCAGACCUCCUGCCAGCGUUAUCGGCCAUCGGCAGCGGCCCUCCGUCUGAAGGCCUCUUGUCCUUGGUCCAGCGUUCCCUUGAGGAAAGUGCCCUUCUGCUGCAGGCUCAGAGCCGCCCCCGUCUGCCAUCCCAAGAAUCCCUGUCCCGUAGGCCGUUGCCUGCUCUCCCAGUCCCAGUGGCUGAUGGGAAAACACCUGGAGGCGGGAUGGGCUCACGUAAAGGCAGUUGGAUCCAGGAGAGGCCCCUACCCCCAACCCCUCAACCAGCUUUCCCCUUGCCUCCCGCUCCUCCCACUGUGACCCUCACUGUGGGUUCUGGAGGUGAAGACGACGACCCCAGCAACGAGUACGCGGGGAUCAGCCUGGGCCCUGUCCCGGCCCCAGUACCUGCUGCCGACAGCGUUGGAUACGUCAAACUGCAGGGAAAACCUGAUCCACUUCCUGACGUGGUGGCUGAGAAUGGACAAACACAAACGAUCACCGCCGAGCCAAGGUUGACCCCGUCCCCUCCCCUGCCGGUGUCCCUCUCCUUGGAGGACUCGGAGCUGCUGACCUUCUACUCCUCCCAGAGUCUCGCCCAUCUCUCCUGCCUGGCAGAUGCCAUCGAUGUGCUCUUCGAGAGCGUGCAGGGCAACCAGCCGCCACGCGUCUUCGUCUCCAGAGGGAAGAGUCUCAUCGUGACGGCCCACAAACUGGUGUUUAUCGGCGACACGCUUUCCCGUUUGCUUCUGUCUGCGGACCUUCGCGCUAAAAUCACGGCAUCAGGAGGACGACUGUGCCAGGCCUUGAAGUCGGUUGUCGUGGCGACAAAAGGUGCUGCACAGAACUACCCAUCGGUGAAUGCCACCCAGGAAAUGGUGGACCGUGUGGCUGAGCUGUCCCAGCAGGCAGCUGUCUUCUCCACCCUGCUCCAGCGUCUGGCAGAAAUAUCUUGAUUUUUUUUUUUUUUUCUCUCUCUCUCACUUUGCGUUAAACUGUUGACACUAAACAUUUCCUCUCUUUGAAAUGCCUUAUUUGUUGUUGGACUCUGUUGUUUUGGGUUUUUUGCUGCUGGGAGUUUGGAUUUGGACCGUGUUGGUUUAUCUGCUGACCUUCGUGCUUGACGUCACACUUCUCUUUAUGACUCUUAAUAAUUUAUUGCAUAUUUGAGCUCGGUGCAGCUUUUCUUUUUAACCAUUUAGGCUGAGAGCUUUGCUUUUUUGUGUUUGCUGUAUUUAUCUCUGUUUUCCUUCCUUCCUGUAUUUAUUUAACCCCUGAGUUUCAGGACUGGCAGGGACAGGAGGCCCCGAGUCCUGCUCCAGGCCUCUCUGUUCCUCUGAUGCCUGAGGUCCUGCUGUGGUGACCCAUCAUUUUACUCAUUUCAGUCUGAAUGUGGGUGAACUCAGACCGGAUGUGAGGGUGGGUUGAGCCGUGUCGGCUUUGUGCCCUCGCACAUUACCCUGAUAUCCUCACGAUGAUGUAAACCGAGGAUUGCAAUAACCAUUUUCUUAUAUUACUUUUUUUUUUCGUUCCACACAAUCUUACAAAUAUCAUGAAAGAAACUCUGGGAGAUGCAGACAGAGACGGUCAUGUGGGUGAGAAAUCCUAAUCUUGUUCUUUCCCACAGACACGUCAGCCUGGCAAGAGUUAAGAAAACUUGUUGGCCAAGUUUGCUUGUCUCCACACGUCCUUAUGAUUUUUGUUUUUGUCAUUUUCCGUAAGUGUGUACGUUAGUGAUGUCGCUGGCACAGUCUGCCUCAUGUUGGUUCAAGACACUACAUUAUUUAAUUACUGAGGGCCAAUGGUGAAACACGAUGUUUGAGAAAAGGCCCCCCCAAGCAGGCGGUGCACCAAUAACUUAAUAUAUGGUUGACAAUGAACCAGUCAGUCCGUCGCACACGAUAAUUUGAAUUUUAUUAAAUUUACUUAGCACACGCACACAUUUUAAACAAAAAACACGUAAACAAUUUCAGUUUUGUGCAGCUGAAAGGCUGUAGGCAGAAGCAAAAGCUUUUAAUUUGUGUUCCACGAGUUGUUACUAAGGUUGUUUUUAACGAGUAUUGGCCAGAUUUGAUGAAGCUGAAAGGAAUUCUGUUGUGCAAACUCUGGAUUAGUUAUCUUUUCCAUGAUGGUGAAGUUAAGUCCCACAGUUCCAUCAUCUGUGCAUGCAGAAGCUUACCCUACUAUUAACAACAGUUCAGACUGAAACUGCUCCUGGCAUAGCUCACAAAAGCCACAUCUGACAUUUUGGGUUGAACUGAGCACACCCCUAUGUUUCUGCUCCCCCACAGGAGCAGUCUUUUUUUUUUUUUUUUUUUUUUUUUUUGAGUCACCUCAGUAUGAGUUGGGUUUUUCUCUUCUAAGCUUUAUUAUCUGAUUUUUAAGAACUCCGGCGUUCUGUAUUUGCUUGCUGAAAAGGUGUGUUAAAUUAGUCAGUGUUGGGAGCUACCUUGUAUUUUUUUAAAGCUAUAUUUAAAAUAUAUUAUGCAUAUAUAUAUAUACUUUAAACUCGUUUGCAGGUGGGGUUUAUUUGUUUCCUUUCCUUCCCCUCGACAUUGUGUCGUCGUCAGUGGGGCACGUUUGUUAAGGUUCCUGUUGAGGCUCUGCUACUGUUCCAAUGCUGACACCUAGUGGAAGUUUGCAUGAUGUGCAGGAAACUUUCGUAUAUUUAUUGCUAAUGUUUUUAUUAUUUUGCAUGGUUUAAUUUUCCGCGUGCACUUCAUCAUGGGUUGACUUUAUAAGGUGAUAUGCAAAGAAUGUUUUUUGGAGGCAUGUUACAGUUUACAGAUGCAGCUGCAUUUUCUUUUGUACUUUUUUAA